AUGUCAACCUUUCACGCUCUUAAUGUAAGUUCCGAUGAGGAGGAGCUCGAAGCAGAAGAAUACUCACGAGAAUCACAAAUUGAGGAAAGCGUACAAAUAUUCCAGGAUGCAUUGAAACUGAUGAAGGUUAAAGACUUUGAGGGAGCUAAUGCUAAGUUUGAAUUACUAUUUCAAAUGGAUGUUAUUAAACCUGACAAAUGGGGAUUAUAUAGAAGCGUAUCUCCAACAUUGAAUAACUUGAGAUAUUUGGCCCAUCGUAAUAGAGGAAUCUAUUAUUUCGUUUAUUUAUCUUCAAAUUAUGAAACCAUGGAGACUGAUAAUAUUGCAUAUUACAUUAUUCAAGCAAUUGAUCAUUUAAUGGAAUCAAUACAACAUUCAGAGGCUGAUAUUACUGUAACAACUCUUCUUUACAAAAUAUUCGAUAGCUUUAAGAGCAAGAAACUGGAACGUGAGAUAUUGGAGUACGAAAUGACCAAAGAAGAGAACCAAAUGCUUUUAUCGGGUAGAAGCUCCUCAACAAUUCUUCCUCAGUUAAAAAACGUGAUACGACAGUACACUACUCUUUUAAAAGGUAUCAAAGCUACAUCAUCACUUGAAUAUCAUGUGCAAGAUGAUAUGGGUUUAGACGCUCUUCAUGAAAUUGAUAAAAAUACUAAAUUGUUUCAAGUUAUAAAAUCUAUUAAAACGAAUGACGAGAAUACACUGAAAGAUGUGGAACUAGAAACCAUUGAGCUUGAAGAAAUGAGUUGGGAAGCAAUCGCGGUUGCAACAGAAGACCUUCUACCAAAGACGAAAAUGUCUACCCUUAUAACAAAAGGAAUUGAUCCAUAUACUGAGUUAGAAUCAAGUAUAGAGGCUGUCAAUAUUCACGUAGCAGAGACACAGACAAUCUCGGAAGAAAACGAAUCAAAUUUGAAUGACAAAACAGGAACUAGAGUAACUCCGAAUGCCACUGAACAAGCACCAAAUGAGAUCGAAGAUGAUUUUAAUUCUAAAAAAAGAGUUUUGGAUUCAGCAGAUACUACAAGGCAUCAACCCCAACGAUCAAGUAAAAGAUUCAAGGAAAAGGAUACUGAUGGCAAAGGCCAGGAAUCAAUGAUGGAGAAACACACGUCCUUCGUAAAUAGUCUCGGAGAUGUAUUCAGAUACUUGAAUAUUGAUCUUCCGGGUUUUCUACACACUCUACCCUUGUCAUUAUCUUCAAUGAAGGAGGACGUACCGCUACCUUAUCACGAUCUUUUCCAAUGUUUGAAAAAUUGGAGUUCAUGGCAUACUGAGCAGUUCAUGAGAACUGACUUUACAGCUGGAAAAAGUAACGGGCCUGAAACGGAUGAACUCAUAGAGCUGAGUUCACUACUAAGAUCGGACCCCAACCAAGAAACAAAAGCAUUAGAAGGUCAAAAGCAACUUCCCAUUGACGUUCUGAAGGACUUCAUCAACACGAUAAAUGAACGUAAACCGCAUUUCCAUGAAUUUAGAUACAACCUUCUUCAUAUUCUACUUUCUAGAGCUACUGGGGAGACAGAAAGGAAAAUCCUUCUUUAUACAUGGUCUCCUAAUCUGUUUGAGAGUGUCGAAUCAUUGAACCUAGGAGUUGAAAGAAGCAUUUUAGAUUAUAUGGAACAGACAAAUGAUAUAGAGCCAUAUCUUGUUCUAUCAAUCAUUGAACUACUGAUAAAUCGCAUGGGGUACCUUUGCAGCGAAAUAAGUGCCAAAGAAUCACAGGGUCAAAAGUCUAACGAACUAAAACACCAAAAAUCAAAAUUAGAAAGAAGGAUCCAAAAGUGGACUACUAUUUUAGACGCUGUAGAUGCAUCUGAAGUCAAUUGGACCAUCCAAUACCGAUGGAUACAAUACUGUUUCAUGCAGUUUAAAUGUGAAGCUGCUGAUCACAAACUGCUGACAUUCUUGUGCCAGUUGGAGGAACUCAUUAAAAAAGCAAAUCCUAAUUUGGAAGUAACGUACACUAACUACAAGUAUAUUCCUAAUCUGAAUUUGAAUUAUAUUCUUAAACAAAUACACAGGGUCAAAAUUAUUCAAAAUAUCAUGAUGGUAUAUUCAAAUAAUGACUCCGAAAAUUCAACAUCUAAACAGGAGCAACAAAUCUCACAUAUUGAAAAUCUCUUACUUGAAAGUCUGUACCCUGAUAUGUCACGUAUUCAUUCCAAAAAUGACCAGGAAAUCGUCAGCUUUAUAACAGCAUCACCGUUUACCAUCCAACUAAGACUGUGGGAAAUGAUAUUUAACAUGUAUCAUAAAAAAGGCGACGUGAGCUCAUUGACCAGAGUCUUUUUUCAUAUCCUACUUUUAUUACAAAAUAAUCUGGCGUCUAGUGAUUAUAAGCAAUCUACCACUGAACUACGCCACCGUCUUCUUUUAACAAUCAUAACCUCAGUUGGUGAUUUUUCCGAAAAGUUGAACGUUUUAAUAUCACGAAAUAACAAGGAAUCUGGUAGCCCUUUAGUGACCGAUAAUCAGCUGACCCUACUAAACAAUAUAUUUUGUUUAUGUUGUUCCGUUCUAAUCUUCGAGAGACUCUCAGAGAUUGACCCAUUGUUGGACUCUUUUUUUACUAAAGCAGUUAAAUCAUCCACCAAAAUGAAAGAAAUUAUAAUUAACUUAGCUACAUUACUCGUUCAUUUUUUGUGUGACAGAAUUUACAGAAAUAUGGAUACCCAUCAGGAGCCUAACAGUAUGGUAAUAUUCAUCGAACAUCUUCAUUCUUUGUUUGGAGAGUUCCAAUUCUGUGAUGCUUCAAAUUCAAUAUUCUUAAAGGUUUCAGAGAAAUUCCUAUGCAGCAAUAAGGUGAAAAUUGAAUUACCUCAACUGAAACAAAUUUUAUGGUGUUUGUACCACUUUACUAUUACCGGUGAUCUGGACGAUGAAAUGACACAUUCUACAGUGCCAUGCAAAAUGGAACGCGAGAGUGCUCUUCGAAUUGGUAUUUAUUUAUUAACGACGAUACCAGAACAUAGAACGGGGCCGUUGCUGGCCAUAAGCAACUCAUCAAUAAAACUUAUUUUGGAACGUGUUAUUGAAGAGAUGGGUCCCCCUUUAGAAUUUCCAAAUUAUAAUCUUUCAAGAAACAUCUAUCAAUUUAAUAGCUAUCUGGACAAGCCUCUUUCAACGCAGCUAUUCAGAGAUUCAUUUAGUAACCUGAGUUCGUUUAAGUUAAUUAAACCUAAUAACGAACUCCAACAUAUAAUCGAGAAUGGAAUUUUCUAUUGGACGAGUUCACAAUCUCUCAAGCUUUACCUAAACCGUAAAAAAACAAUGCAGGCACGACCCACAGAAUUGGAUGCAAUUAUUUCAAUGUUAAAAAGUGAAGUACUGUAUGGUGUAAAUCGAUUUGAAAGUUGGUACCUUUUGGGAAGGUGUUAUUCUCUAAUAGUUGAAGACGAUUUGACUUGGACGUCAGAUAAAAUUACGACGCCAGAAAAGCAGCUAAUAACAGGCGAGAAACAAAGGAAAGCUAUUCUCUGUUACCUUAAAUCAGUAUCUAUAUACCAAGCAAGAGGUCAUCCAACUCUGAAAGAUAAGAAAAUAUUCCACAAAACAUUAGUAUCCUUAGGUCAAGAAUUACUAAGUGCAUACUUUGCUCCAAUGAAUAAAUGUUGUUUUAUCCAAAGAGGAGCCAAACAUGGCUUGAAGAUUGGCGAAACGGCGGACCUUUUAGAGAAUAUUUCAGAAGAUCGACUAUAUAUUUCAGACUUCAACAUCGAACAAGCCAUCCUACUAUCGUUUAGGAAAGCGAAAACACUGUCAGAAGAACUGAACAAUAGUUGCAACAACUGGAGUGUAAAUUGGUCAAGCUCCUACUAUAUAGGUCACGUUCUCUUUUCACUUGAUAAAGUCACAAAUGCGAAGGUAUCAUAUGACUACAUGCUAGAAGCAUGUAAGCAGGCUAAUUCGGCAUCAUCGACUAAAGAGGUGCCACUCGAACCCCACUACACUUUGUUGCAAAUGUGUUACGACUUCCAAAAUUGUGGCAUUUUUGAUUCCCAAUCAAUUUUGAAGGUUUUGAAACGGGAUAAUUUAUUCUUCGAGCAGGAAGAUGACUUUUGGGAAUUCCCUGAAAAUACAGGUGAUGAAACUCAAAAAUCCAUACUUCUAUCCAAAAUUAUUGAACUUCUUGAAAUAGUGCUCAAAGCAGAUAAGAAAAGCUGGCACCAUAAACCCAGGUUCUUGAUAGCCAAAAUUCAGUUCGAUGGGUUCAAAGAACCUUCGAAGGCAUUAGAAGAAAUGAAUCAAUUAAUCUCCAUAAACAACACCACGAAGACGUUAGUUAACAUAUGGAAACCUGACUUUGAGCUACCUGGGAAACAUUUCGUGUAUGCCUUCGAAUAUAUUAUGUUUUAUUUAAAGAUAUUAGGGGCUCUUAACGACUUUUUCUCUAUUGGCACAGUUUUAAAAAAAUUAAGACGUUUCGGGUCAGGGAUGAUACGCCUUAAUGACGCUUUAGAAUACGGUACAUCACUUUUUAUUGAGACUAUUGAAAAGGAGCUAGAAAUAGACGAAAAAUUGUAUGUGGAGAACCAACUCUCAACUUGGACCACAGAUCAAUUUACAAUAGCAAGUGAUGCAAUUCUGAAAGAUUUCUCUGCUGAAAACUAUCCCAUUAAAUGGCUUAGAGCACUUGAACUAUCUUAUCAGCUCAAAAAAGCGUCAAAUGGAAUCACAUUUGAUGGUACUACUCUGGGAAUCCUUUUUAAGAAAUUACUAAAGCAAAGGGAUAUUUCUGAACCCAACAUCUUAGAAGAUCGAGAAUUGAAUACUGGAGAUAAAAUGGUAGUUGACCAGCCUCCAACUUCUCAAGUUCCACCUAUACUGAAGAAUAACUUAAAAAAAAGAGUUUCGAAAAAAGAGGUGUUCGAUAAAGUGAAGCUAUUAGUCGAACUAAUAGGAAAAUCAAACGUAUAG